AUGGCACCCUAUCUUCAAACCAGCUUGAUCUGGAUUGCAUACGCCGUGGCCGUCGGCCUGGCGCUCUUCGCUGCAAUCGUCACCACAUUCACCUGGCAGGCGCCACGCGAGAGAUCUGCAGUUGUCAACACAGUUGCAGUGGUCAGCUUAACAGCUCUGCUGGCCACCGUUCUGCUCCUCCCAGUCGAUAUCGCCCUCGUAUCCUCAACCACCUCGGUGCACCUCGGUGUCAAGAAAGAAUGGGCGACGCCAGAGCACGUGGCUGGAAUGCUACGCACUCUCCAGAUUGUGUAUUAUUCGCUCUACAGCCUUGAUGCCCUGCUUUGUCUGAUUGUCAUCCCCUUUGCCUAUUUCUGGUACGAGGAAUAUGACGAAGUCGAGGAGGAGGAAGGCACGCGCAGCACCGGGGCCAAGCUCUGGGGGGCUUUCAAGUAUACGUCGGUCUUUAUAAUCCUUGUGCUGAUUCUCUUUUUCGUGGGAUUCUUUGUGCCAGCCGCGGGCAACCAGAAGGGUGGACACCUGGAUCUGGACUAUUUCAAGCGGCUGCUGGCUGCUAACAAGGGAGAGAAGGCUUUGACCUUUGCUGUUGGCUUGCUCGUGUGCCUGGGUACUUUGCUCUAUGUUCUGUACACCAGCUCAGGCCUGGCCUUGCUGCCAAUUUCAUUCAUUAAAUCGGCGCCAUCCAUCUCGGCGCCGCAGCUAUCCGAGACUACAGCUUCUGCCCUUGAGAGGAAUCGCGAGCGGCAGCGUCAGCUCGAACUUCGCAGCGGAGGUAACCACGAUGAAAUGUCUAGCAAGGACAGGCGCGAGCUCGAAUCUCUGGUGCGAGAGGAACGCACUCUUGUGCGCCGCGCACGACUGGCCGCGGAGGCUCAGGGCGAGGGGCGCAGUUUCGUAUACAGGGCAUGGACCAAGAUCUGCGCCGUCUUUCGACCUCUAAAGUUGGUCGGCGGUGUCCUGCUCCUGCUCGUCUCGGUCAUUGUUUGGGUCUCGAUGCUUAUCACCACAAUCGACAAGGCCUCCAACUCACUCUGUAAAGGUCACUGCGGUUACAUCCUCGGGCAGAUCAAGAUCUUCCAGCCUGUCAACUGGCUCUUCCUCGAGGCAGCAAAGGCUUUCCCUGUGGAUUAUAUCAUCAUGGCAUUUUUGGUGCUUUUCUUCUUCAGCAGCUCCAUCUCGGGACUUGCAACGGUUGGCAUUCGCUUCCUCUGGGUCCAAAUCUUCCAGAUCAGGCGUGGUAGGACAGCGCCGCAGGCCAUCCUCAUCGCUACUGUUAUGAUGGCGCUCAUAAUACUGGGCAUCAACUAUGCUAUUGCGAUGAUGGUUGCCCCUCAGUAUUCGAUCUACGGCACGCAGACAUUCUGCACUGCAGAGCCACCUGCUCACGGCAAGCAGCCCGACUGCUCGGAGCACCCAGAGAUGGUAAGGCCGUGUUCUGAGGAGUUCAAGGAAUCUCUGGCCAAGGACAUCUGCACACCAUCGGUCAUGUCAACCUUCCUCAAUCGUGUUACGUUGAACUGGCCCGUUUUUGGUGCCGUUGACUUUUGGGCGCAGGUUGCUUUCCUGGCAGUAUUCCUCAUUGUUCUUGUGACGUCGCUAUUCCGUACGCCUAAACUAAACAUGAGCGAGUUGGACGAAGAGGCCGAGGCCGACGAGGAGGAGGGUCUGCUUGCAAGCACGGGCCGGAGGUUUGGUGCGACAUGGCAGGACAUCACUGGCAGGUCUGGCCAGGCUUCAAACCAGGAAAAUGGUGACAACUAA